GCGGCGGAGCGGAGCGGAUACAGAGACGCGCAGUCCUCAUCAGCAAAAUGAGGAGGAAUUAACGCGCCGACUGUCUCCCGUGUGUUUCCCACCGCGAUGCACGCCGUGGAUGUUUAAAGCCUCCUCGCCUGCUGUAGACCAGCGCGGACAUCUGACUUUAUCCCAUCAAUGAGAUAUGUAGAGUGGCUCUACCGCUCGGUGGUAACGCAGAAAAACACAAGAUGAAGAAGCAGUUCAACCGAAUGAGACAGCUCGCCAACCAAACAGUGGGCAGGGCUGAAAAAACAGAAGUGCUGAGUGAAGACCUGCUGCAGGUGGAGAAACGUCUGGAGCUGGUGAAGCAGGUUUCCCACAGCACACACAAGAAGCUGACCGCCUGUCUGCAGGGCCAGCAGGGCGUGGACGUGGACAAGAAGUCUGUCAGGUCACCCUCGAAAAAGCUUCCGCUCGCAACGCUAGCACAAUGUAUGGUGGAGGGGGCAGCUGUGCUCGGAGACGAGUCUCUGCUAGGAAAGAUGCUGAAGCUCUGCGGCGACACGCAGGAAAAGCUCGCUCAGGAGCUCAUCUUGUUCGAGCUCACCAUCGAGAGGGACGUGACCGAACCCUUGUACGAGCUCGCAGAGGUGGAAAUCCCAAAUAUCCAGAAACAAAGGAAACAUUUAGCGAAGCUGGUCCUGGACAUGGAUUCUGCACGCACACGGUACACUCAGUCUACCAAAUCUUCUGGACUGUCCAGCAACCUGCAGCCAACAGGAGCCAAGGCCGACCACCUCAGGGAAGAGAUGGAGGAGGCAGCCAACCGCAUGGAGAUCUGUCGAGAUCAGUUAUCAGCAGACAUGUACAGUUUUGUGGCCAAAGAAAUUGACUAUGCAAGCUACUUCCAGACACUGAUAGAAGUCCAGGCAGAGUACCACAGGAAGUCAUUAGAGCUGCUUCAGAGUGUUCUGCCUCAGAUCAAAGCUCAUCAGGAGACCUGGGUGGAGAAACCGUGUUACGGGAAGCCAUUAGAGGAGCACUUAGCGCUCAGCGGGAGAGAUAUUGCCUUUCCCAUUGAGGCCUGUGUGACCAUGCUGCUGGAGUGUGGCAUGCAGGAGGAGGGUUUGUUCAGAAUCGCUCCCUCGGCCUCCAAACUCAAAAAGCUGAAGGCGUCUCUGGACUGCGGGGUUUUAGACGUGCAAGAAUACUCUGCAGACCCACACGCCAUCGCAGGUGCUUUGAAGUCCUACCUGCGCGAGCUCCCUGAACCAUUAAUGACCUUUGAACUCUACAAUGACUGGAUCCAAGCCUCAAACAUUCAAGAUCAAGACAAGCGCCUGCAGGCUCUGUUCAAUGCCUGUGAGAAACUCCCUUCAGCCAACAACACCAACUUUAAGUAUUUAAUCAAAUUCCUGUCCAAACUGACUGACUACCAGGAUGUGAACAAGAUGACGCCUGGAAACAUUGCUAUUGUCCUCGGACCCAACCUGCUGUGGACUCAGAAUGAUGGGAACAUCACGGAGAUGAUGACGACAGUUUCCCUACAGAUCGUCGGCAUCAUCGAGCCCAUCAUCCAGCACGCCGACUGGUUCUUCCCAGGAGAGAUCGAGUUCAAUGUCACAGGAAACUACGGCAGCCCCGUCCACACCAACCACAACGCCAACUACAGCUCGAUGCCGUCUCCAGAUAUGGAUCAGAUGGAUCGCAAGCAGAACGACCAGAGCCGGCGGCCGCUCAGCGUCGCCACAGACAACAUGAUGCUGGAGUUUUAUAAGAAGGACGGCAUUAGGAAGAUACAAAGCAUGGGUGUCAGGGUGAUGGACACUUCUUGGGUGUCGCGCAGGGGAUCGUCGUCUACGCGUAAAUCCUUGUCCACGCCACCGAGUGUGCACCCCCCCACCCCACCCAUUGACGCGCUCAUCCCCGAGCAGCCUGGGGAAUUCUCAGCCUCCCCCUCCCCCACCCCUCCUCCCACUAGCAGCGACCGAGCCAGUUCAGACGAUGCAUCCUCCAAUUGGUCGGACUCCUGUUACGCCUACCCCUCCCCAGAGGAGGAGAGGCCGCCUCCCCCUUACCCCUCUUCCUCUUCUUCCUCCUCUUCCUCCUCCUCUUGCUCUUCCUACUCGCUCCCUCACCACCAUUUCCGCACCCGAACACCUCCGGGUAUGCGUCCCGUUGCCCCCAGCCCCGAAUCUGUGCCCCCUGGCCCGUCCCCUCCACCCCGCCGCACUGGGUACAGCCCGCCCCCGCUCCCUCACUCCCUGUGCCCGUCCCCUCAGCAGCUUGACGUCAACUCCAACCCCAAACCUAACUCCCUGCAUCUGCCCAAACCGGCCUCCCCGUCUAUUGCUCCGCAUGGGCCCCCGUCCGAAACGAAUGGCUCCUCCCUUUACAUCAAACCCCCGCUCGUUCUCACUCGUCACGAUCUCUUCCUUGGCUCCCCGAAAACCCCCAGCACCCCUCUCCCUGCUCCACCUCCAUGGGCAGCCUGUGCCUGUAGCCGGGAGAGAGGAGCCAAGCUGACGAGUACUCUGAAGAACAAGGAGCUGUCUCCAGUGAUUGGACAGAAGGGGCUCCAGGGAGCAGUGACCUCUAGUGGACAGUCGCAGCUCUCUGACCACAGUCCACACACCUUGAGGAGAGCAAAGAAGCUGGCUCCGAUCCCGCCUAAAGGCCCUUACUGCCCAACGGGAGCCAUGUCCGACCAGUCCACAGGUCAACCGUCUCCAGUCAGCCUGUCUCCCACUCCUCCCAGCACCCCCUCCCCAUAUGGCUUCAGCUACCCGCAGGGAUAUGCCACCAUCAGCUCCCCGGGUCAGUUGCAGAUGGUCACCACCCCGUCUCUGUCCUCUCCGCCCUCGUUGGCUGGGACUCUCACCAAGGCCAGACCGACCCCCAAGCCGCCCCGGCAGAGACCCAGCCUGCCUCCUCCUCAGCCUCCAUCCACACCUGGCACUAGUCCCCAGCCUCUGGAGCACUCAUCUGGGCUCCUGGACGGCCUUUCUCCUGGGGAAAGCAUGUCCACUGAUUCCCUCUGCAACUUGGACAUCCCCGUCAUUAACAUGGAACUGGACAGUAUUUUUGACUUGACCCACAUCUCCCCCUUCAGGAACUCAGUGGCACAGCUGGAGUCGGCCAACAGCAAAGAGGACUCGGAGGAAGAGUCUGAGAGCACAGUGCUAUGACGCCACCGAGUUCCCCCACCCUCUCCGUCAAGCUACUGCUGUGCCGUCUCGAUCAUUCAUUGACCUUUCACCUCUCCAGCUGCAUUAACUUCGGCCUCAGCGGCCACCUCUGGACCUCCUCAUCACGCCUCACCUGUGCUCGAUCCAGAGGGGCCAGCGCGUACAAAAGAAAAAAGCACUUCUAUACAGUAAAACAAAAAAAUCUGGUGAACACACAUACACACGGUUUUGGCGACAGUGUUGUCAGGGGAAGAUUUGACAUUUUGCAUUGGCUGGAUGUUUGUUUUUUUUAAUUUAACUUAAUGUUUUCUUUUUCUUUCUGCCUUAUUUGAUUCACUUGCAAUAUUGCCUUUAACCUCACUCACACGAGACUGGAAACAGGCUGCUGGGAGGAUGAGUGCUCUUUGCUGCUGCUGCUGCUUUUCAUGAGUGAAUUUCAGAACAAACUAACACAGUGCUGUAUAUCUGUCCUGUUAACUUCCUUCUCUCACCGUUCAUCUCCUCUUGGCUUGAAACGCCUCUCGCCCCGAAUUUCAGUCCCACUUGAGCGUUCACUGUGAGUGUGCCAGUGUGUCGUUUUGGAAAGCGCGCGCGUGUGUGUUUUGCUAGUGUGUGUGACGUGUUAAGUGAAGUGGUAAUUGUAUUAUAUGAUGUUGCACUGUCGGUGUCGUGGAGCAAAAACAGGAAUGAAUGUUUUAGAUGUUUAGAAGUUAACUAAGCAGGUUGGGAAGCGGUUAAACGCCCAAUCACUCCUUUCUCUUUAUAACAAGGCAUUCAGUCAGGAUAUCAGUCACUGGAUAUUUAUUGUUUAUACUGUACAUUUUCAGAGUGUAUGAUAUGAUUAACAAUCUAACCCAGAUCAUAUUUUGUAUCCAUGGGAGAGCUAUAUAGUUGAUGCUGUCAGGGAGCUAUAAAGUAUAUGAGAUACAUGCUGUAGUUUAUGAAACGUCCACCAGUAUGAAAAAUGAAAAACUCAAUUGUGUUUACUCAGAAAUAUUUUUUGGCAGGACGCAAAGCCGAAUGAGAUCUUUCAUUUUUCUUUGUCGAGUUAGGCGUCAUUUCAGUUUCAAGGAUGUACAAGUUUGUAACUGUGAAGCCUGGAGUGCAUAACCACAUCGUUUAUUUUUUAAAAAUAAAAUAAACUUCAUCCACAUAGCAGUAGCGGAGGCUCUGAAUGGCCAGCUCUGUGGGUGGGGUGCCCUGUGGGGUU